GAUUUAUUUUACAGCUGGAUGAAGCUGGACUUUGGCUGCCUAUCACGUUGGUCUGACCUACGCUGAUGCCUGCUGCUGCUGACCAGCAUCUUGAGCAUCAUAUGGCCUAUCCGCAGCACCAGGGAAAGACCGGGCCACCACGGCCGGGCCCUCACCAUGGACCCCCACAUCAUUCAUCACAUCCACCCUCUGGCUCAUAUGGGCCACAGUCAGGCCAUGCUAAUCAUGUUGGUUAUAACCAUCAUGGACCAAUGGGUCAGCAUGCCAUGCCAGGACAACGAGGUCAACCUGGACAGCAUGGUCCUCCUCAACAAAAUGGACCUCAAAUAAACCUAGGUCAACUUAGGUCUCAGAUAGGGUCAACUGCUCAACUUGGAGCUCCUGGACAGCAUGGACAUCCUGGGCCACCAGGACCCCUUGGGCCAGCUGGACAACAUGUCCCACUAAGUUCUCAUGGGAGUUCAUUGUCGCAUGGUCCUCAAGGGAGUCAUGGCCCUCAUGGAGUACCAAAUCAAAGAGUUCCUCCUGGAUCUCACAUCCAAGCAGUGCCACCAGCCAUACAGCACAAAGGCCCUGCACCACAUGGGCAAUAUGGUGCACAUAUCCCACACUCCACAAACAUUGGGAAUUCACGUGGUCAUUUGGAUGGACCUGCCAAUGAAGUGAGGCAACCUCCAGCAUAUCCAGAACCUCCACGUUACCCGGGUCCUCAGACAGUGCAUGAGGAUAUUGACAAACACAUGAGCCAAGUGGCAGCCCUCAAUGGACAGUCAGCACAGACACUGAAGCAGUACUCUGGAGCCCAGGGACCUGGUGGAGGAGUAGGAAUUAAUGGGGGAGGAGCUUCAAUGAACAGUGGUGAUCUAGGAAGGCUAGAGGAGGAACUUAGUCAACUCAAUAGGAAGGAUCUAGUGGCAAGGACUUUACGGGCAGAAGGGGAAGCAAGAGAGCUCCAGCAUUCAAUCCAUGUACAGGCAGGGGAGCUUAGGCACCUGCGGGAGAAUCAACAACGACUUACUGAUGACAACCAGGAGCUGCGGGACUUGUGUUGUUUCCUGGAUGAUGACCGACAGAAGGGACGGAAACUUGCCAGAGAAUGGCAGCGAUUUGGCCGCUAUACUGCCUCUGUUAUGAGACAGGAAGUCACAGCCUACCAGAAUAAAUUACGUGAACUAGAUACCAAACAACAAGAGCUCAUCAAAGAUAAUUUAGAGUUAAAGGAAUUGUGCUUAUACCUUGAUGAAGAAAGAAACAAUGCUGCCUGCAGUCAUUGUGGACAUCCCCUCAUCACGCGAGAUGAUGGGGAUGGAUCGUCCUCCUCAACCAAUGCUGAUGAACCCUCAGGGCCCCCGCAGCCCACUGCAGAUUCAGCCCCAACCCAGAGUCAGUCUUCAGAAAUUCCACUGGCACGUUCGUCCUCCAGAGAGAGAUUAUUAGAAGAUACCCUGUCCCGUCAGAGAUCUCCAAUGAAUGAACAAGUAAUGUCUUAUAUAAGGUCAUUAGAGGCAAGAGUAAUGAUGUUAGAGACAGAAAAGCAGCAGCUUGGUGAGGAACUUGCAAAGAUGGAUCGGAUCCACCCUGAAGGAGAAGGUUUGGAGUCACAGCUUGCCAAUAAAGAGAAAUCUGUUGGUUCUCGUCCACCUCAACCCCCACCGUAUUCACUCUCGCAUCAUCUCCGGGCAGUUGGUUUAGGACUCACCAACAGAACUCCUUUAGGCCCAGGUUCAGCAGAAAGUGAUGAUGAGCUCUUGGAUGGACCUCCUCCACCAUUGGUGUCCCGUCCAACAGCAGUUGCAGCAGCUAUGAGAGUUCUGGAAGUGCAGGAGCAGUUAGAGGGGGCCUCACAUCCUCCUGCAGUCCCUCCUCCUUCACAAGGUCCCCCUCCACCGCCUCAUUCCUCCAACACAGGAAGCCAACUCAGUGCCCAAGAUGCAGCUUUGGCAGAUGGGGAAAAGGCACUUCUCAGGCAAAUGUGCAAUGUUGUGUGGAAGAAGCUAGAAGAGGUACCAAGUCAACAUAGAUAACAAGAUGAUAUGCAGUGCAUCCUUGCCUCUCCAUUUUCUCAUUUCCUUUCCUAUUUUCUCUGCCAUUGUCUCACCUUCUUUAUCCUCAUCUCUUCCCCCAUGCUCUCCCCUCACUUCUCAUUCCUGCUUCUCCCUUCCCUUUUCCUCUCCUCUUCCUACACUUUUCCACUUUCUUAGCCCUAUCCUUUUCUCCUCUGCUAUCUUAUUUCUUUCUGUGAACCAUUUGUAAUAUUCCAGUGAUGGAAAAUGAAGUGCCAGGUGUAUGAAACAGGAUGGCAGAAGAAGCAACUGCAGGCAGUGCUUGUGUACAAUUGAAAGUCAUUUACAAAAGUAACUAUGAAAGUGAGGUGUUCUAUAAACUCUUUCCUUUGAUACCUUUGUCUUAGUUGCUGUUUGCAGCAAAAAGGGAAAGUCAGCCAGAUUUACAAGGAUAAUGUAAGAGCACUACCCAGGUCUUGACAUUUCUAGCUGUGUUUUACACUUACCUAAAACUGAGAAUGUGUUUUAAUCUGUGAAUAGCACCAUUCUUUGAUGUAUAUGCUGAAAUAGGUCUUUUCAAAUUUACUGAAGAGUUGGGUCUAUGUCUUGCCAAAGAAAAUAUAUUAGAUUUUUUUUAGAUCUUGAAACAUUUUUAUAGAGAACUAAUCCAGGCAUUGCUAACAUAGUACAGACAGUUAGGAAAACUAGUUGAUAGGAAUACAGUAUAGAACUUAAGUAGAACUUAAACACCACGUACAUAUAUCUUAGCCCAAAUGAUUAUAGUAUGAAUUUUUGUUUUCUUUUUGUUUGUUAGUUCUGAUAUAUACUUAAUCAUAAAAGAUGUAUGGUGAGAGUUUGGUUUGCUCUUUGCAACUUCUAUAAGUCAGAUAUUUUUUUUACCUUAGACAGAUUGAGUUAUAACCAUUCAUACUUGACCAUGGUAGAAUGCCCUUUUUUGCUGAAGAUAGCUCAAGCAGGCUUAUGGAAACUGUCCAGCCUUCACAACUUUUGAUUCUCACUCUUCAGGUGCCAAAGGUACAAAAAACUUUUGAAAACUCAGAGAAAUUAUCUUAUGUCUAAUGCUACAUUAUAUGGAAUACUCAUGGUUUUGUAAUUUUGUAGCAUUUUAGUAGAUAGGUGGUAUUUACUUUCCACAAAAAAUGUCAAAAUGUUUAUCAUACUCUUAUAGAAUUUAAGAAGUCAAUUUUGUGUUGUAAUAUGAGAAAGCUAGCUGUUAUCAUUUUUUACUUUAUAUACAUAUCAUAUAUAAUCUACAUUGUAUUAUUUGUUUUUCAGAAAACUAAGUACGUAUGUACAUGCUCUUGUGCAUUGGGGUAUGUGGGGGUUUGUGGAGAUACCCUUAUGUGUCAUGUGUGAGCAUGUGUGUGGCAAGUAUGUGGGUAUGUGUAUUUUUAUGUGUCUAGGGGUGGGUGGAAGUGUAAUUAUGACUGUGUAUGUGCUUUCACAUUCAAAUCUGUGUGAUUGUAUUGGCCAUUAUGUUUUUACACAAAUUCAGAUUCAUAUGAUGUGUUGUGAGUUAAGAUAUACGUUCAUACACUCACACUCACACUGACACACACACAUGCACACA